AUGCGUCCUCAGUUGCUUACAGCUGCCCUGGCAUCUGGUGCCUUUGCGGCUCGUCCGUUCUUAAAUGAGCCUGAUAUUGGUCUUGAAGAGUUCCUUGGUGAAAUCGAGCCUGGUACCCUGCCCAACAUUUCCGCCAUCGCUACCCUUCACGACUUUGACUUUGCUGCUCGCAACUACCUGCCACAGAGCAACUACUCAUGGUUCCGUCACGGUGCUGGCGGGGAGUGGUCUUAUCGGAACAACCUCGAGGCCUUUCAAAGAUACACGUUCAGACAGAGGGCUUUGACUGACAUCACCAAGGUCAGGAAUUCACUGCCGACUACCAUUCUUGGUCAUAACUUCUCGGCACCCUUCUAUAUUAGUCCAGCAGCCCAGGGCAUCCGAUGCCAUCCUGAAGCCGAGUCGGGCCUUGUCAAGGGCGCUGCUGCUGGAGAUAUUCUCUACAUUGUAUGUCUUUUCCCACUUCAUGCAGUGAAACCUUUAUCUAACCACCAUCCAGCCCUAUACCUUGACAAUAACGACACCAACACAAAAGCGCUCCUCGCUCGCAGCGAGAAGGCUGGUGCUGCUGCUAUCGUCUUUACCGUUGAUGCUGUCGCUGACGGUAACCGACCUCGUCGUAGGCGAUUUGAGUCUUCGUUCAACCCCGACGAGGAGCUGUCUCUUUUCAACUGGGAAUACUAUGACAAGUUGGCCAGCCUUACCGACCUCCCCGUGGUAGUCAAGGGCAUCAACAGUGUCCAAGAUACCAAACUCGCCGUCGAGCACAAGGUGCCAGCCAUCAUCAUUUCCAACCACGGCGGCCGCCAAGUCGACGGCGUCUCCUCAGCCAUUGAGACCGCGCUCGAGAUUCACAACGAAGCCCCAGAGGUGUUCAAGCAGACCGAAGUAUGGGCCGACGGCGGCGUCCGCUACGGAACCGAUGUGAUCAAGCUGCUGGCUCUAGGCGUCAAAGCCAUCGGCCUUGGUCGAUCCUUUAUGUACUCUAAUGUCUAUGGUGCCGAGGGCGUUGAGAGGGCGAUUGAUAUCCUCAAGUACGAGAUUGCUAUUGAUGCUGCCAACCUUGGGAUUUCUGACCUCAAGAAGAUUAACCCAGACUGGGUGAGGUGGAACCAAAGUGGCUGGUAUAGCUGA